AGGCCGCCACAUAGGGUUUGAAGCCUUCGGAGCCCACCUGCAUCGUCUUCUUCAUCACUCCUUCCCUUAAAUAAGCAACAACAGUGCUUCCUAAAACCCCGAACCCCUUUCGCGGGUUCUCCGUCGCGGAAUCUCCUUGCGUUUCUCAGCAUGUGCCCAAUGGAUGGAUCUGAUAAAAAUGGUUUGCCAAAUUCAGGUGCCCAGUCCAAUAAACCAAGGCGGAGAAAGUCCUUGGUCUGGGAACACUUCACAAUCGAAACUGUUAAUGCUGAUUGCAUGAGGGCCUGUUGCAACCAGUGCAAAAAAUCAUUUUCUUACAUAUCUGGCGCUAAAAUAUCAGGCACCAGUCACCUAAAACGACAUAUUACAUUGGGAAUCUGCCCUGUCUACCGUCACAGACAAGUGGCAGAAGGAUCGGGCCCUCUCAUGAUGUCAGCACGCAGAGCUGAGACUUCUGGAAGUCGGACCAAAGUAAGAAGAAAGCGCCCCCAUGCUUUUAAUGGUGAUAGCUGUUGCCAUGAACUUGCGAUGAUGAUAAUCAUGCAUGAUUACCCACUUCACAUGGUUGAACACUUGGGAUUUCGUGAUUUCGCACUUGCCCUCCAGCCACAGUUCAACAUUACUAGCAUCGCUGCGGUUGAGGAAGAAAUCAUGCGCAUCUACUUCAGGGAGAAGCAAAGGGUUCUUGAUGUUCUUAAUGAGGUUUCUGGAUGCCUUAACCUCAUAGUUGAUUUGUGGACUUCUGAUCAGAGCUCGGCAUAUGCUGUUCUAACAGGUCACUUUGUCGAUGAAAAUUGGAAACUCCAGAGACGGAUAAUGAAUGUUGUUACACUACACUAUCCGGAAUCUGACACUGCUUAUUGUCAUGCCAUUGCCUACUGCCUCAAUGACUGGUGCUCGGAGGGCAAGUUGUUUGCGUUCGCUCUGGAUCGCUCUUUUGCCAAUGAAACGACAAGAGAAAUAACCAGAUAUAUAUUGUCGCUGAGGAGUCCCUUCAUUCUCAGUGGCCAGCUGUUAAUCAACAGCUGUUAUGCCCGUCUUUUGAAAGAUCUUGCGCUGGAGGCUAUAGGGCGUAAUAAGGAAGUUGUUGAGAAAGUUCGGUACAGUGUGAAGUUUAUUAAAACUUCCCCGGGGCGUGAGCAAAGCUUUAACAAUUUGAAAGAACAACUUCAAGUGCCCAGCACAAAGGACUUAGUGGUCGAUGAUCUUGCGAAAUGGAAUACAACCUAUCAAAUGUUGAUCUCGGCUUCAGAAUUCAAGGAGGUAUUCGCUUGUUUAGACACUUUUGAUCCAGAGUACCGUCCCAACCUGUCGAUGCAAGAUUGGGGCAAGAUAAAAACUCUUUGCGGAUACCUGAAACUCUUUUACGAGGCGGCUAACAUUCUGACUUUGCCGGUGUACCCGACAACAAAUAUGUUCUUCCAGGAGGCCUUCAAGAUUCACCUUGAACUGAUGAAUUCGGUUGUUAGCGAGGAUCCCUUUGUUAGCAGCCUGACUAAACCGUUGUUGGAUAUCUUCACUACGUAUUGGGAAGGUUGCAAUAUGGUUUUAGCCGUUGCUGUUGUUAUGGACCCAAGAUUCAAAAUGAAGCUCGUGGAGUUCAGCUUUUCAAAAUUAUAUGGCCAAGAUGCGGAAGCUUGGAUCAAGGCUGUAGAAGACGGUUUGCGGGAACUCUAUCUCGAAUAUGCGGUGCUUCCCCUCCCGCCACCCGCACCCUCGUUCAUCGAAGGAAUCGAUGCAGUGGCGGCAACACCGCUUUCUGCCGUUCAUGAAGAUGGCUUCCUCCUCUCUAACAGCGUUGGCGUCACUGAUUUCGACAUAUACCUCUCUGAUAUAAUGGGCGAACAGCACAUGGGUUCAGAGCUGGAUCAGUAUCUGGAAGAAUCUCUCCUCCCCCGCGUCCAUGAAUUUGACGUGUUGGGAUGGUGGGGAGAGAACAAGUCGAGGUUCCCGACCUUAGCCAAGAUGGCUAGUGAUGUUCUGUCGAUUCCCCUCUCGACUGCCUAUGGCGAAUCUGUGUUCGACACGAGGGGCCGGAAGCUGGAUCGGAAUCACACUUCGCUGAAAGAUGCGACGCUCCAGGCGCUAAUCUGUGCGAAGGACUGGCUGCGGCAGGGAUCUUCGGGGACUCCCGGGACUUUCCGUUUGUUCUGAGGGAGGUGUCUGUAGCGUACGACAGCUAGCUAUUUAUGGGAAUGGAAAGGUAAGGUACGCGCCAUUCAUUUGUUGUUCGUUGUUAUCGUUACAAACCACAUGUUUUUGAGUAGAGUGACUUAAAGUAAGUGAAGUGAAGUGAUGUAUGUUAAUGUUUUACAAACCACAUGUUUUUUA